CAGGUGUUCUGCUCAAUGAUGGCUGCCCUGGGCAGUGUCAACUUUGGCUGGAACAUUGGUGUCAUCAACAUUCCCGGCGACGUUAUCUCCAACUGCGUGACCGGCGAGAGGCACUACUACGGCCCCUUCCCCUCGUGUAUCCCGACCGAGUCUACCAUCUGGGGCGUGGCUGUCGGCUGCUUUGCACUGGGAGCGCUUGUUGGAACCGUCGCCGGUAACCCUAUCUCCGACAAGUUUGGUCGCAAGUUUGUGCUCACCUGGGGCCCUCUGUUUGCGCUGGUUGGCGGCCUUCUCCUGGCAACCACAACAACGCUGGCGCAGCUCAUUAUUGGCCGUCUGUUCGUCGGUUUCGCUGCUGGUUUCUGCAACGGUGCCCUGUCGGUCUAUGUCGGCGAGAUCACCACCCCCAAGGCCCGUGAUGUGCUCGGCGGGACUCUCCAGCUGGCCACCAACGUCGGUAUUCUGCUAGCCAAUGUGCUGUCGCUGGGUCUGUCAAAGCCGCCGCUCUGGCGCGUUCUCUUCAGCUUCACAGGAAUCUUCGGUAUCGCCACCACCCUGCUGUUCCCCAUCUGUGUCGAGUCGCCCAAGUGGCUCGUCUCCCGCGGCCGCGUCGAGGAGGCCCGUGCUGCCCUGCUGAAGCUGCGCAAGGAUGCUGACAUCGAGCAGGAGCUCCAGGAGAUGGUCGAUGACGAUGCCAAGGAGAAGGCGCGCGCCACCGAGGUCCCCAAGGUCAAUGUCAUGGAUCUCAUCCUCGGCCGCACCCCCGAUAACCUCCGCCAUCAGUUUGUCGUUGUCUGCAUGCUCAUGUUCUUCCAGCAGCUGUCUGGUAUCAACGCUGUCAUUUUCUACUCGACCCAGAUCUUCAACCGCACCACCAAGGACGAUCCGGCAAACAUCCCAACGCUUGCUCAGAUCCUGUCGUGCGUCAUUUCGAUCGUUGCUGCCAUCUUCACCUUUGUUGGCAUGCUUCUUGGCGCUCGCUUCGGCCGCCGUACCCUGAUGCUGCUGUCGCACGGCACCAUGGCUCUCUUCUCGAUGCUGAUGGCUGUCGGCUCCAUCAAGGGCAUUGACGGCCUUGUCAUCACCAUGGUCUUCCUGUACAACGUGUUCUUCAACUUUGGUGUCGGCCCGCUGCCGUGGGCGGCGGCAUCUGAGAUGACCCCGGCCUACGCCAUGUCGGCCAUGGCUGCUGUUGGCGGUGCCGUCAACUACGCCUUUACCUUCGCCAUCGGAGUGUUUUUCCCGCCAAUGCAGGAGGGCCUGGGCGACUACACCUUCUUCUUCUUCAUGGGCUUCAACAUUGCCGCCUUCAUCUUCUGCUUCUUCUUCCUGCCUGAGACCAAGGGGCUCAAGGUUGAGGAUGUCGUU